GCUAACUAUAUGGUGUACCUCCUGGUUGUGCAGCCUUCCAUGUUGCCACUAAGUGGCACCGCGGAGGACACGUUGGCCGGACUCUACGAGGAGAUGAGCAAGAACGGCAGCCGCGAGCGAGAUGUCCUAGACACCGCCCAUCAUCUGGUGGAAGACAAGCUGGAGUUCGGCUACGAGGAAUGCCUGAAAGAACAGGAGCAACCCGGGCCGUGGGGCGAGACGCUGACGGAGAUCCAGGAUAUGUGGAUGAGGCUGCUGCUCUACGCGGCCGGCAAGUGCCCCGUGGAGAUGCACGCCCAGCAGCUAGGCAGAGGAGGGGAGCUCCUCACCAUGGUCUGGUUGCUCAUGGCGCAUAAUGGCAUUGGAGACGUUGGUGAUCAGGUUGAGCUUAUCACUAAUGAUGAAACUAUGGAGGGCCCGUUCUGUGCAUUUCAUCUUCCUAAAGAAUCAGAACACAUGUCUGCAUAGGUAGCUCUGCCGUGCUGGUUUGCAAGCCAAUGCCAAA